AUGACACCACCUUCUUCCUCUGCUUUUCCAUCCGAAUCUUCAUCAAUGACAAGAGCCCUAAACUUGGCAGAAGUGCUUGAAAAUGUGAUCUCUCACAUAGACAAGUACGACAUAAAAACUCAAUACUCGGCUCUGCUGGUGAAUCGUAGGUGGUGUAAAAUCGUUAGCCCAUAUCUCUGGAGCACGCCAUUCUCCUAUAGCAUCCCUGAAAAAAGACUUUGCAAGAUUAUUCCAAUUUACCUGUCAUUCCUAUCACCGGAUGUAAUUGGUUAUUUGGCGAAAAAUGAUGUGAAGAUAUUACCGGAUAAAGGAUCAGGGAAUAAAAGUUCCGGUAGAACUUUCGAUUAUCCGAAAUUUAUAAGGUCAUUGAACGUAGAUUUUUUAGCUGAAGUCGUUACUCAGUGGUUACAGGAGCAGAACGUAACGGUAUACGAAACAGAAAGUGACAGUAGCUGUGGCGAUGAAUCCUCUGAUGAUGAAGGCAUAUCAUGUUCUGACAAUUCGGAUUCCGAAAUUGAUGAUAGCGAUGAUGAGAUUGAACAAGACGAGAAUAACAGUGAGAAUAAUGAGAUUCAUAACGCUGGCGACAUCCAAGAAGUUAAUGAGAUUGAGCACAGUUCCGAAACUUCCAACAAUGAUGAAACCGAUGAAACAAGUUCAGACGGAAAUAGUGACUCCGAUACUAGCUUGUGCGAAGAUCAAGGUCCAAGCAUCGACUACAGAAAUAACCCGGAAAGGUAUGAACUCGACGAAUACAUGGUGUCAGAAUUGUGCAAACUUUUCAUGAACAAAACUCGAAAGAUUUUGGAGCUUGUCAUUACGGAUCUCUCCAUUGAUGGUACCUUUGUAAACAAAAUUCCUGGUUAUCUCGGUAAUUCUUGUUUGUCUUAUCUUGAGACAUUGGAAUUCGACGGAACUUUUUGCAGCAGGACUUUUGUUGUCGGUUUUGCCAACCUUUGCAAGAACCUUACGGCGAUUGUAAUUGACGAUAUGGACGAAGAUGCUCCUUUUGUAGGGGAACUAUCAACUUUAAUUAGAAAUCAAUCGAAACUCUCGAGCUUUAGUUUAUCUGAUAUACCCUUGGACAUGUCAAUGGCAAUAGCUGCCCUCGACUCUCAAGUUGAUUCGCUCAAGAACAUUGUCAUCAGAGAUGUAUUGAUUUGUGAUAAGGAAUCAGUUAAAGCACUGACUCGUUGUGCUAACAUGGAAUCUAUUGAUCUUUCGUUCGAAGAUAAAAAAUAUUAUAAAUCAUUUACCGCUCUAUGGUAUAGCACCUUCCCGAAGCUCAAACAUUUGGGAAUCUCGAUGUACUAUACGUGGCAAGAUCCAUUGUUUAUUGAAAAUACCAAAGCAUUUCUUGAACUCAAUGGAAAGCAUCUUCAUGGAAUCAAUUUAUGUCUCACGACCACCAUUUAUACCGCUAUUCUUAAAGAGAUUGGUGUCUAUUGUCCAAAACUCUCGACCCUUGAGAUAAACAGAAUCUAUGACGGAGUGGAUCAUCUUGUCGAAUUGUUGAAAAUACCGUUACCGUUAAAGAAAAUUGUCGUCGAGUACAACAAAUCAAAGCUCCACCAAGCAAAUGGUGUGUUACUACCUUUGAAAAAAUUGGUGGCACUCGAUAAUCUAUCCCAUUUUGAAAUCGGAUGGAUUUUUUCGGCCGAAUUCCUGAAAGAAAUAUUGGAUGGUUGGGAAGCACCGAUUCAGAAAUUUUCGUAUUGUAGUGAGGACGAUUUUGAUGUUCACAAAGAGAUACUAAAUGCAUUUGUGAAAAGACUCAGUUCGAAGUAUGCGGUUAAAGAUCAUCAGGUGACCUCGAGUCCAUUUCAACGGAUAGAUCGAAAUG